AUCCUCCUCAGACUCAUACUUUGACGAUAUUCAGAUUGCAAAGUUUCUGUUUACAAGGGAAUAACACAAUACACCAAGAUGUCAAAGACCGCAACGCGCCCAGACUGGGCAGACGACGUCUCCGACUCGGAACAGAUCAACGACCCCUCGGCGCUGCCCGCCCCUGUGACGACUGUGAACAAAGAUGGGACGCGGACCACGGUGUUCUACCGCUUCAACGACCAGGGCCAGAAAGUGAAAGUUACACGCAAGACCCGCAUCACCACCCACAAGGAAAAAGUCAACCCGGUCGUCGCUGAGCGACGCACCUGGGACAAAUUCGGCCUCGAGAAGGGCAAGCCCAAGGGCCCCCAGCCCGACACCACCUCCGUGGGCGAGAACAUCGUCUUCAGGCCGAGUCGGGACUGGAAGAAUGUGCAGGCCGAAGAAGCCAAAGCAGGCGGCGGCAAGGCCGAGGAGAAGUCCAUAAAGGAGCAACUGAGAGACAAGAAGGUCAAGUGUCGAAUCUGUCAGGGCGAGCAUUUCACAGCCAGAUGUCCCUUCAAGGAUACGAUGGCGCCCGCGGACGACGGGACAACACCCGUGGCGGACCCCAUGGCCGAGGAUGAUGAAUCUGGGGCCAAGCCCCAGGGUGCGCUCGGAAGUGGCGGCAGCAGCUACGUACCACCACAUCUCAGGAAAGGUGCCCAAGGAGCCGGGGAGAGGAUGGGCGGAAAGUACGAGAGAGACGACUUGGCUACAUUGCGAGUUACGAACGUCUCCGAAAUGGCCGAAGAGCAAGAGCUCCGCGAUCUCUUCGAGCGGUUCGGCCGUGUCACCCGAGUCUUCCUCGCCAAAGACAGAGAUACUGGUCGUGCUAAGGGGUUUGCAUUCAUCUCCUUUGUGGACAGAUCUGAUGCCGCCAGAGCGUGUGAGAAGAUGGACGGCUUCGGCUACAGGCACUUGAUUCUGAGAGUGGAGUUUGCAAAGAGGACGACCUAGGAGACUAUGACCAUGACCAUGCGCAGAGCUGGAGACGUAGCUGAAGUGUACGGCAAAAGGGGUCCACGAAAUCAUGAGGUUACAGUUUCGCAAAAUGCGUGGACUUGGAAUGGGAGGUGGACGGCCUUUCCGCAAAUUACGCAUUGCACUGUAUGGACGGGACUUGUGAUGAAUAGCAAAAGGAACUUUAUUGCAUAGAAUGCUCAAGAUGAUUAAAAGAUAACCUGGCCUGAUUCAACAGAAGGAAGUCCAUCAAUCCUCCAUACACCGCGCCAGAGAAGACUGGUGAUAGGAUGGCUCGUUCCUGCAGUCGUCAGCUUGCACGAAGGCACCCGUUC